AUGACAAAUAAUACUAUCUUCUUAUAUCGCCGUGAUCUUCGAUUGUUUCAAAUCAUUGAUAAUAAAGAAGACUUUACAUUAGUUUGGUUAGAUAAAUAUAUCGAUGAUUCAACCAAAACACAACAUCUUCAAACUUCAUUACAACAAUUAAAUAAUUAUGUACAAUUCUUUACUGAUAUAAAGUUAUGUCUGAAUUUUAUUCAAACAAUAAAAUAUGAAAAACUAUUCCUUAUUCUAUCACCUUCAAUUUCUAUAGAAGUUCUUCAGCAAAUACAUUCAUUAUCAUUAUUAAAUUCUGUUUUUAUUUUUUGUUAUUGUGAACAAGACAAUUGUGAUCAGUAUGUCUUAUUGCCUAAGAUUUAUUGUAAAAUAGUUGGACUAUUCAGAGAUAAAGAAACAUUAUUAAAAUCAAUAAAACAUUCAUUAGAUUUAGCUAAACGGCAAAUACGUGCAUUUAAUCUGUUUGAUCAACAAGAACAAAAAACAGCAAAAGAUUUGACAACAAAUCAAGCAUCAUUUCUAUGGUAUCAACUCUUAAUUAUCGUUUUAAGGAAAAUGCCACAUAAUCAAUGUGCUAAAGAACAAAUGUUAGCUAUGUGUAGGGAUUAUUAUCGAAAUGACAUACAUGAAUUAGAGAAAAUUCGUGUGUUUAGUGAAACAUAUUCAUCUGAUAAAGCAAUUGAAUGGUUUACAGCUAAUAGUUUUAUUUAUCGUUUGUUAAAUAAAGCUUUGAGAACAGAAGAUGUACAUCUGUUACAUUUAUUUCGUUUUUAUAUAACUGACUUAUGUACUUAG